CUCGCGUAGUCAGCAAAGAGAGGAUGGACUGCGACUGUUGCAGACGAGAAGCGUUUGUUUCGAACACUUUUGACCCGAAGAUAUGUCGUACUUGUAGGCACGAGGAACCAGCUCAUCAAUGUUCUCGUCAAGUUAGCGGCGUGUCUACGGGUCGUAGCGAUGUUCCAGAUGGAAGCGAAGCUAAUGCGACUGCAAGAAGCCCGAAUCAGCCUCAACCGAGACCAAAACCGCGACCUAGGCCUUACAUGCAGAUCCCUUCUACUGAAGGAGCCACAGUACAGACAAACAACAAAGCUCUGACGUUGAGAAAUAAACUGGAAGAGGACUUUAAGACUGCAAGAUUCAGUCCUAAGGAUGGACAAGAGGUAGCUAGAGAAAUUAUGCGACUCGGAGGCUCACCGAAAAGUCUGUACGUUGCUUUGGACUUGCCUUUGAUUAUUGAAAGAAACAAAGCCAAAGGAGAUGGGUCUAACGACUAUCUCACCAUGAUGUCAUCUGCAUUCGAUAUUCUGGAAAAGUAUGCUGUCAACUUGCUUAAACCAAAUCGCCCUCAAUAUUGGCGCCAAAUCAAGUAUUCGAAUGGUGUCUUUCAAGCUCGUGUGGAUUGCAUGGCUGGAGCUCGUGACAUCCUCAAGCAAAUGGGAUAUUCAGAAGAGCACCUAAAUGGUCUUGCUUUCCCUGAAGUUGUUGAUGAGCCAAAUGUUGACCAGGUGUCUCGUGUGGCAACCGAUUUGCUAUUGGCUCGUAUUGAAGUUGAUGCUCUUAAUGAAGAAACUCAUCCACAUCCAGAGAGCCUUGUGAAUGCACGCCCUUCUGUGGAAAUGUCAUUGCCAAAUUAUCGUACACAGCAAACAUUGUUUGGAACUUCCAAGGGAUUUCAGUCACAUAUGGACUUCUCUGGUCAAGCAGACAGCAGUCCUAAUCAGUGGUCAGACAAGAAAGUUGGCCAAGUCUAUCCACUGCCAACAGAUGCAAAUACAGGUUUUUCAGAUCUGCGUUCACCACCUGUUCCAGCACCUCGUAAGCGAAAUCGAUCUUUAUCAGCUGAUGUGCAGUUGACAGGUCAACCAGGUAAAAGCGAGGCAUUCUCAUUGUCUGAGAAUUCUUCUAAUCCAAUUGUGAGAUUGCCUUCUAAUACUGGACAACCAAAUAGAACAGAAGUUACUCAUUAUAAAUCCAUCGCAUAUCCACCUGACAUACCCAUGCAAUCUAUGGACAUGUAUGCUUCUUUGUCAGUGCAGCCACAGGAUACAAAACCAGUGCAGCUACAGGAUACAAAACCAGUGCAGCUACAGGAUACAAUACCAGUGCAGCUACAGGAUACAAUACCAGUGCAGCUACAGGAUAUAAAACCAGUGCAGUCACAGAAUACAAAACCAGUGCAGCCACAGGAUACAAAAAUUUGCCCUAAGGCUAACUGUAUGAAAGUUUUUAGUGUUCAAUCCAAAUUCUGUGAUGAAUGUGGAGAACCGCUUGUAUCUCCAGCAGCAAAGCCUGAUGUUAUGACACAAAAGUGGUGCUUACAGUGUCAACAAGAGAUUAACUCUGGGGCUAACUUUUGUCAUGCAUGUGGUCGUCCAGCCACAUCAACUCAACAAUCAUAUUCAACAAGACCACAAGAAGGAAAGGUAAAGCAGCCACCAAUACCUGAAACCAAAAUGCAAGCAACUCCACACUCUGACAAGUCUGUGGAUUUAAGAAGACCUCCUGGUACUGUGCUACCCGACUUAAAAGAAGCUCCAGUUACUGCAUCAGCUCUAGUUAAUCAGUGGAGCUGUGAAUACUGUACCUACUUAAAUGAUAACAGUCGUAGGGUUUGUGAAAUGUGUGCAAAAACACGAAGUGCGCCAAUUGUUGAGAGAACGGAUAAAGCAGUUAUUCCCUUGCAAAUUCCUCAGGCUACAGCAGAACCUCAGUCACAUGGUCAACUGCAACAGCAACAACAGAAUGCAAGUCGUGUUGCAGCAAUACAGCCACAACAGAGUCAGAAGACACAGGAGAGUUAUGGAGCAAUUGACAAGCAGAAUUUGAGUUUAAAUCUUGCCGCCAGUUCAGUAGGUAUAGCUGCAGCAUCUUGUGAUACCAGUUUUACUAGUUUAGGCCAUCAGGCGAAAGGAGUUGCUGCUCAAGGUGAAAAGUAUCAACAACUAUUGAACAAAGGUCAACAGAAGGAACAAUAUCAGAAGGAACGAAAGGAACAGGAAGACAUGUCUCUCAGGCAAGGAUAUGACCCAAAUAGGUUAAAAACAAUUGAUGAGCAGAAUAUGCAACAGGCAAGGAAGGUUCAUGGUAACUAUAGCAAGGAUCUGGGUGAAGGGAGAGAGAGAAGCUCAUUGUCUGCACAACAUGAUCAAGUUUCAUUUGAUAGACAUUCUUCUAGGCCACGAAGCUCGGGCUUUCAAAUAGAGGACAUAACAGAUGACCCACGGUCAGGCUUUGGUGUUACAUCUCAUGAUCGGAGAUUUUAUGGAUCUUCUGGUGACCAAAACAGGAGAUCUUAUCUAGACGACAAGGAAAGAAGACAGAGAGAGAUGGAAGAAGAAAGGCAAAAGGAAGAGAGGAGGAGGCAACUAGAAGUAGCAAAACAAGAACUUGAAGCAAUCAGGCGACGAGACAAGCAAUUUUUUGGCUUUCUAAAGGAAGGAGAAAAAGGGGGAUUUGAACCUGAAGAAGUAGAAAUUGCACUUAAUACUGUUGGAAAUGAUCCACGUGGGCCUAUUCCAUGGCUUGUGAAUGAACUGCCUCGUGCAUUACAAACAAUUGCUCAGCUUGCAGCGAAAUGUGGUCGAGAUGAUUAUGCAGAUUGGCAGUCUUUGGGCACAUUUGGAGAUAUAGAAACAAGGAAGUAUUUUAUCAAAUGUCAAGGAGAUUGGGAGAGUACAAUCAAAGCAAUGUGUGAAGCAAGGCUGAAAGAUAUUAUUGAGGUAAGGGAAUCAGUAAAUGUUUCUCAUGCUGCCAUUUAUACGGCUCUGAUGGAAAGCAGUGGAGAUGUUUUGAAAGCUAUUGGCUAUCUCCAGUCUACCUUGCUCCAGCCAUUUGUCGAUCGAAUUUGGCAAGAAGAACAGCUGAGCAGUGAUGAUGAGUCAGAGAAUGAUGGUCUAAAGCGAAGACGUAUUCCAAAGAAAGCAAAGGAGUUGGUGGUGCAAAAGGAUCUUAAUCAUGAACGCCGUGUACGAGUACUCUAUGCAGAGUACAAUAUGUUUUCUUGGGGUCGGGCUGAGUUGGCUAUUCGACUGAUAGACGAAAGAGAUGAUCAGGGUGAGUACAAUGUUUCUGAUGUUGUGGAUGCUGUUGAGGCUCAUCAGGAUUAUCAACGAGCAAGAGACUACCUUCAACAAGAAUGUCCUAUCUGUUUUUUGAACUUUCCAAGAGACAAGAUGAUAUCAAUGACAGUCUGUCAAUGUAGCUUCUGUAAAAACUGUCUUGUUGGUCACUUUUCAAUAGUUAUCAAAGAGAAGAGUGUGAAGCAUAUGGUCUGUCCUAUGUGUGGAAAGCCUUCUAUGGAUGAUGAGGAUGCAGUUGAGCUGCAUUUCCAGACACUUAGUUUUAUGCUUCAUCACUCUGUGGAGAGAGAGUUAUAUGACUUGUUACAGCAGAAGUUGAAUGAUUGGAAUUUGAUGGAUGACCCAAAUUUUCGAUGGUGCCCUCAUUGUCAGAAUGGAUUUGUUAAUGAGGGUCGUUUGAGAAACAAAAUGACUUGUCCACAUUGUCGUAAAGAUUCUUGUUUUGAGUGCAAACAAAAGUGGGAACCACAACAUGAUGAUCUAACAUGUGAUGAGUUUCGUAACUGGCAGAUUGAUAAUGAUCCAGAAAAUCAGCAGAGAGGACUGGCUGCACAGCUAGACAGAGAUGGCAUUGAUUGCCCUAGAUGCAAGUUUAGAUAUGCUUUGGCCAAAGGAGGUUGCAUGCACUUUAAGUGUACACAGUGUCCUCAUGAAUUUUGCAGUGGCUGCUCACAGCCUUAUCUGAAAGCGGAGGCCUGUCAAAGAUUUGAUGAUUGUAGAACACGUGGUCUUCAUGCUCACCAUCCUCGUGAUUGUUUGUUCUUUUUACGAGAUAACUCAAUACAAGACUUGCAACAGCUAUUGAAAAUGCACAAUAUUGAAUAUAACACAGAAAUACCACCAGCUGCAGGUGCACAAGAUGAAGAAGAAGAGGCACUAGAGGUGGCUGGUGCUGCAGCUGCAGGACGUGAUCAUGGAUUGACAUGUACAGUUACAGAACAAAAAGAAACACCCGAUGGACUGCAAGAUGAGCCAUGUGGUCGAGUCUGUAAAGAAGGGCUUGCAGGACUGUGCGAACUUCAUUACAAGGAGUAUUUGGUUCAACUGAUCAAUGUCAACAACAUUGAUCCUAUUGACACUAUGAAUGAAGAUUACAUUCUACCUGUACUACGUCGUGAGAAGAAGGAAGUUCCUGCAAGGCAGAUUGGUGAGUCAGAUGCAGACUACGUAGAGAGACUGCGACAGUACGUAAAAAAUGAAAUUCAUCUUCAGCAAAGAGAUGGACGUGGUGUGUUGCAGGGAAAUGUGUGAAGUCAAUCUGUAACUGUAUCUUUUUACAUAAUUAUGGCAAGUCUUUUGAGACGACAUGAAUUUGUAGAGUACUGUUUGCAAGUGGAUGUCAGUAAUUCUUAGCAAGUUGAUUCUUCUGUAUUGUAUUCUACUUUGAUGUAGUAGCUGUGACAGGUGAAUGUUGCUAACAAGUGGUUUGUCAAUACA